AUCGUCUUGGUUUUGGUAUUUGUGGCUAUAUAAUCUAGGGUUGUUUUAGCUCCUAUGUUAUCCUCUCCUGAGAAAAUAAACAAACCUUGGAUUUAGGGUUUUCUCUGUAAAACUGCGUUUGCGACUAGAGAAAUAGGGUAAAAUCAACGAGGCCUAGGCCAUUGGUCAGCUCCUGAAUCAUCUCUCUCCUUACUCUUCUGGUCUCCUCCAGGAAGUUUACCAAGGAACUACAAGUUUACCUCCAAACAGUCAACUGUAAGUUUUUGUGACCACUAAUUUGUUGUUUUAUUGUAACUUUUCUCCACUCGGAUUUAUGAAACUCUUUAGCCUCUUUAAUCUGUAAGCUCCAAUCGUAGACUUUUCCUUUGGCCACUAGCUGAAACUUUGAGAAUUCAGGGAUAGUGUUUCCAUAUGGACCGUAUCAGUCAACUUUCGGAUGAUUUGCUCUUGCGGAUUUUGUCUUGUGUUCCUACAAAAGAUGUUGUGGCUACAAGUCUUUUGUCCAAAAGAUGGCAGUUUCUUUGGAUGUUAGUGCCACAACUUCAAUACAAUGAUAUCAAUCACAGUGGUGACUAUAAGAACUUCUCUCAGUUUGUUUACAGAUCUUUGCUUUCAAAUAAGGCAUCUGUUAUAGAACAUCUGCAUCUGAAUCUUGGCCCUGAGUGUCCCGCUAUAGAUAUUGGACUAUGGAUUGGUAUUGCUCUUAGUCGCCGUCUGCGUGAACUGGAAAUUAAUAUUCGUUCUUCUUUCGAGAAUGUGUCUUUCAGUUUGCCGAGUAGCCUAUAUACCUCUGAUACACUAGAGACCUUGAGAGUGAUCAAUUUCGUUCUAUUGGUUGUUCCUUCUUCAGUUUGUCUCCCGUCUCUCAAAGUUCUGCACCUUAAGACUGUUGAUUACGAGGACGACGCAUCUCUUCCAAAUCUUUUAUCAGGCUGUCCAAAUCUUGAAGAAUUAUGUCUGGAGCGACAUGAUCAAGACUCAGAAAUGGAUUUCACUGUCGUGGUGCCUUCCUUACGACGGUUAUCUAUGAUGGACGAAAAUUAUGUAAAAUGUGGUCGAUAUGUGAUAGAUGUCCCUUCUUUGAAGUACCUGAACAUUACAGAUGAAGCAGUUUACAACGUCCGUCAAAUUGAGAACAUGCCUGAGUUGACUGAGGCAUAUGUUGAGAUUACUCAAGGAGUUACUCACAAGUUUCUGAGGGCUCUUACUACUGUCCGACAUCUUUCUCUAUGUUUAUCACUUUCAGAGGUUAUGUGUCCUUCUGGAAUGAUCUUCUAUCAGCUUGUUCAUCUGAACUUGUAUACAUUUGCUCAAGGUUGGUGGGAUCUUCUUACCUAUAUGCUCCAAGAUUCCCCCAAACUAAGAUUUCUCAAGCUCAUUGAUAAACAUGAUUCUGGUCUUUGUGGGAAAGAAACCCCAAUUGGUUGGAAGCUGCCGAGUUCUGUCCCCGAGUGUUUGUUGUUUAGUCUUGAGGCAUUUGAGUGGAUUGGGUACAAAGGGAGACGAGGAGAUAGAGAGAUGGCAACCUAUGUCCUAAAGAAUGCUGCUUGUUUGAGCACAGCAAAGUUCUCUCCAGAAUCUACUGAUGUGGGAGAGAAGUAUCAUAUGCUCAAGGAGUUGGCAUCAGUACCUACAGCUUCAACUUCGUCUAAGCUUCUAUUCGACUGAGAAUAGUUAUAUUUAGUUUUCUUGGUAUCUCGUUUAUGAUUUGUGUUUAGUUUUUGUCAAGACUGGUUUAACAAAAAAAAAAAAAGUCAUGAUGAACCAUGUCAAACCCAGUUUGCUUCUCUCAUGUAACUCAAAAAGUGUGGCGUCGAAUGGUUGUGGUAUCUCAAACGAAGCAUGAUCAUCUCUGUUUUUACAUUACAUUA